AUGUCGCCUCACCCAGCAACCGAUUGGGACCAAUUGCAAGAUCGCUUCUACAGGAAGCAAGAAGUAUAUAAGAUGCUGUGGAAGCACAUGGAUUUGUCAAAAUAUAUGAUAGCCGGUGCUUCAUACGGAGGACCAAUAGCAAUGAUUCGUGAUGAUAAAAAAGUUUUAACAUUGCAAAAGCAGCAGCCUGUUAAACCUACCAUUUAUCUUUAUACGUCAGCCGGAAAAUUAAUGGAGCAGUUACAGUGGGACAAAGGUCGUAUUAUUAAAAUGGGUUGGACCGAUGCUGAACAAUUGGUUGUCGUUCUGGAAGAUGGUACUAUAAGAUUGUAUGAUAUUCAUGGUGAUUUUACCGGAUUUUCUCUUGGCAAAGAAGCCAAAGAUCAUUCAGUUAUCGAUUGUCAGAUUUGGGGAACCGGUCUAGUAGCAUUGACCGGGAAUUUUAAGCUGAUUGCUCUGACAAAUUUUGAAGAACCUAGGCCACGACUUAUGGCUGAUCCAGGAUUGAACGAACCACCUCAUAGUUGGACAUUAAUUCCACCUCAAUACACACUCAGCCGUCAUGUGGAAGUACUUUUAGCUACAGGCUCUACGAUCCUGACUGUUGAUGUGAUAGAGUCUCAGAAUCAAAAUCUUCUGCAGGGUCCCUUUACCAGGAUGGAUGUAUCUCCAAAUGGCAAAUUUUUAGCUCUCUUCACCAAUGAAGGUAAACUUAUGGUUGUCUCCACCGAUUUUUCAAAGAAUCUUUCAGAGUUUCCCACAAAGUCACAAGUACCACCUCAACAGCUGGUCUGGUGCGGUACUGAUUCGGUUGUUCUAUAUUGGGAUCAACUUCUUUUAAUGGUUGGUCCAUUUGGCGAUUGGGUUAGAUAUCCUUAUGAUGAUGACAUACAUUUAAUUCCCGAGAUAGAUGGUGUUCGCAUAAUUAGUAGCGAUAAAUGUGAAUUUUUACAAAAAGUUCCAAAUGUUACCGAAGAAAUUUUCAAAAUAGGUUCCACAGAUCCAGCGGCAAUGUUAUACGACGCUUUAGAGCACUUUGACAAACGGAGCCCAAAAGCUGAUGAAAAUAUACGAAGCAUUCGUCCGGAACUUGCUGAUGCCGUUGAUGCUUGUAUUGAGGCCGCAGGUCAUGAAUUUAGCGCAGUUCGGCAACGAAGUCUACUUAAAGCAGCAGCAUUUGGCAAAACAUUUCUCGAAUCAUAUAACUCUGAUCGCUUCGUAGAGAUGUGCCAAAUAGUGAGGGUGUUAAAUUCUGUACGAUAUUUCGAAAUUGGAAUACCAAUAACUUAUACGCAGUUAAUAUCAUUUAUUUUUAAACCAUUCGCGUCUAUGAAAGAUAAUUUAUUUAUCAAAAAUUUUUAUAGAUAUUUACGCAUUACACCAGAUGCAUUGAUCGAUAGAUUGAUAAACCGCCAUCAUCAUUUGCUAGCAUUAAGAAUUUGUGAAUAUUUAAAGACGAGAACAGAUCGAGUUCUCAUACAUUGGGCCUGCUCAAAGGCAAGCAAUAUUAAAAAAUCUACGGAUGAUGAGGAAACGAUUUGCCGGAUGAUCGUAGAGAAGCUGGCUAACAAACCCGGUCUUUCUUAUGCUGAAAUUGCGAGAACUGCUCAUAAAGUUGGGCAACCAAAGCUAGCAACAAGAUUACUCGAUUAUGAGCCACGUGCAGCUGAUCAAGUACCUCUACUUAUGAGCAUGCAAGAGGAUGAGUUAGCGCUAAUAAAGGCGAUUGAAAGCGGUGAUACUGAUUUAGUUUACUUAGUAAUGCUUCAUCUCAAGAGAAAACUUCCACUUGGUGAAUUUUUCAGAAUCAUCAACAAUAAACCUAUGGCUUGUAAUUUACUGGAAGUAUAUUGCAAGCAGCAAGACUUGAAGCUUUUAAAUGACUUCUAUUAUCAAGAUGACAGACGAGUAGAAAGUGCUAAUAUAGCAAUAUUAGAGAGUUAUAAUCAAAGGGAUUUGACUGAAAGAAUUAAUAAGCUGAAGGUUGCAUUGAAGUGGUAUCAAGAUGAUAAAGAGCACUCUUUUGAAGCGAAGGCUAUUGACGAAAAUAUCAAAUUAUUACAAUCACAAUCUCAAUUAGAAAAAGAAAUGAAUCAACGAUUGAUUGGAUUACCUUUGAGUGAGACAGUUCACAAGUGUAUUAUCGCAAAUCAGCAUAGCAAAGCAAAUAAGCUUAAAUCAGACUUUAAAAUUCCUGAUAAACGGUUCUGGUGGAUCAAAUUAAAAGCUUUAGUCGAAAUGAGAGACUGGGAUGAGUUGGAUCGAUUUUCAAAGUCAAAGAAAUCGCCUAUCGGAUAUGAACCAUUUGUUGAGGAGUGUAUUAAGGCCACACAACAAAGCGAAGCUGCUAAAUACAUUCAAAAAUGUGAACCGGCAGUUCGACCCGGCUUGUAUAUAAAAAUAGGAGACUUCAGGGCCGCAGCUCAAGAAGCACUCGCGCUAAAGGAUAUUCAGUUACUGCGAGAAAUAAGAAGCAAAUGUGCUAAUCAAAUCAUUGCACAAGAAUUAGAUGCUUACAUCGCUCAAGCAACCACGAAAUAG